UGAUUCGUCAAUUCAAUCCAUCCACUCACUAAAAUAAGAAUUUAACUUCGCUGGGACGCAGCUCGCCUAUCGCAGGUGUGUUACCACAAAGAAGAAAAGUAAUAGUUUUUGUCGCGUCUCCUCGCAUUCGUGGAAUGCUCAACCAAGCAUAAAUAAAUUUGCACCUUGCCAAACAACCACAAUCACAUAAUAAUUACACCACAUUUUACAUCGGAUUGCUUCGUAAAUAUUUUAGUUUAAAAUUCUGAGAGAAAAAUGAAGCUUGAAACCGUUCUGGGGGCUGUCGCCUUACUAAGCGCGUGUGUAGUUGGACAAGCCGAGGUAAACGAAGAAAAGCUAAAAGUCUCCGUGUAUUACGAAAGUCUUUGCCCCGACAGUAAGAGAUUUAUUAGGACGCAACUUUAUCCAGUGAAACGAUCCUCGUUGGGUGACAAGUUUGUCGUGGAACUUAUUCCGUACGGAAAAGCGACGACGACGCCGACCUCCACUUCCUACGAAUUUUCCUGCCAGCAUGGCGAAAAUGAAUGUAACGGGAAUAAAAUGCACGCGUGUGCCCUUAAGUACAUCAACUCGACGCAGGUCCAACUCGAUUUUGUUCAUUGUUCCAUGUCGACAAGAAAUCCGCCUCAGUCGCUGACAGAGUGUGCCGCAAAGUUGGAUAUUGUCGACCCUGUGGAAGAAAUCAGAACGUGUGCGGAGGGCGCAGAGGGAUCAGAAUUGUUGGCUAGAAAUGGAGUGGAAACGCACGCUUUGAGACCGAAGCUGUAUUUCGUCCCCUGGAUCACGUACAAUGGAGUCUUUAGUGAGGAGAAUUUGCAAAAUAGUCAGGAUAGUUUCAAAACAGUCGUGUGCUCUGAGUUGAAAAAGAAUGGGCAUUCUUGCAAUGGAGGAAUCUCACUUGAAAAUUCGGCAACGACGAUGAGACAUCUAAUAUUGGGGAUAGUGAUCUUCCAGUUUUGUAAUAAAAUACUCAGUUAACUACUUAUAGACUUGCACUCGAAACCGGUUCCAUUGCAAGAGAGCAACAACCCAACCUUAUACAAAAAGAGUUCAAUGCUACAUCUCUAAAAUCUAAACAAAAAUGUGUGAUUGAGUACAAAGUUUUAUGUACCUAUGUCUCAGUAACUAAAAAUUUAUUUUGAUUCAUUGAACAAUUGAAUGAACACCAAUUUAGUAUUCCUGACUCUUUGACAGCAACAUAAACAGUUAAUACUCUGGACGUCCCUGCAUAGCUUUCUGUGGUUGAUUGUAAACUAACAAAAUAAAUAAAAUAUUUUUCUGAAAUGAAA